GAGCAGAGCCAGAGCCCAAGGGCCAAAGCAAGCCGAAGCCUGCGGUGUCAUGGCGGGCUGUCGGGCUGCCUGCGACAGUUUUGGUAGUUGAAAGCCUAAAAUCAAUCGGUGGAGUGAUGUGGCGGUUGUUACGCUUGACUAUUUAACGGCGAGAAAUCGGAGAAUGUUGUCGGUGGAGUGGUCCGCCGCGAGCUGUAAAAAGGGGAGGUCCUUCGAGGAGAGCGUCGGGGGGAUGCGUCUCCGGUCGCUCAGCUGAGCCCGUGCCGUGCCUGGGACGCGGGCCCGCCGAAGAUUCCCAGCGAUGACGAGGGAGGCGAGGCCACGCUGGUCGCAGGUAAACGGCGACCUCUCGUCGGACAGCGACGACGACGACGAGGCGACCGAGCGCUGUCUUCUAGGCGGCUCUCUGGUCCAAGUGCCGCAGGUCCUCUGUGAAGAGGAGGCACUGCUUCGGGCCGUGCUCAGCAUCGACACCUGGAACAAUGUCCUCACGGAAACCCACAAGCUGCGGCUCAUGAAUUUUCUACCGCUCUUCCCGGAGAACGACAAGGAAGAGAAAGUUGAGACGCUGCAGAGGCUGUUCAGCGGCUGUAACUUCAAGUUCGGCAACCCUAUCCGGGCCUUCUUCGGCCGCCUCCGAGAGGGCCUGCUGGUGCCGGACAUCGCCCGCACGGCGUCCCUGGUGCAGAGGGCCAGCUACCGGGACUACCAGCUGCACCAGCGGCGCUACCACUGCCGCCUGCUCCAGGAGGUGCUGAUCUCACGAAAGCGCCUGCUGGAGGCCGCCCUGGACUGGGGCCCCCCCGGCUGUCCCAGGGGCCCCCGGGGAGUGCCUCCCCGGUCCCGGGCCCCCCGCAGCAGGGCCCCGGGGUUGCGAGUUCCCCUGGCCCAGAGGGCCCGCUGGCGCUACUGCACGGAGCUGCAGGAGCUCAGGGACCGGCUCGGGGACACCACCACCGAGGACGAGGACGACCUACCCGAGGGCGGGGCCCCCCCCAAGCUGCUGCGGGAGUUCCGUCGACAGCUGCACCGGCUGGAGACGUCUCUGGGGCCCGACAUGCGGCGGGUGGCCUCCACCCUGUCCGCGGGACCCUUGGGACCCCACCGCUGCGACACCAACUCCGGCCGUUUCCUGAGCAAGUGCCUCACCCUGUCGGAGAUCACGGAGGAGCGCUUUAGGGACAUGCUGCUGCUCCACCGGCACAAGCGGCUUGCCGGACUGGACCAUGCCGAGCUGGACACGUCCUCAGUCACCCUGGACGACCUGAUUGGACGCACCAACCUGUCCCGCAAGCCCCGCCCACAGGAGAGUCGUCCCAAGAAGGCGCGCGUGGCAGUGGCCCCGGCGCCCGUGGUGGGAGAGCGCGCCCCGUCGCCCCCUGCCCCGGAGGCCCCUCCCCCGGCCCCGCCUUCCCCCCCGCCACCCGAGGAGGAAGAAGAGGAGGAGGAGCUUCCGGCAGAGGCCCCGCCCCCGUCGCCCCCGGCGGCUCGACCCCCGAGCGCGUGCAGCGUGGGCCCUCCCCCUAGUCCCCCGUGCCGACCCUCAUGCUUCUUCGCCCUGCUCAGAGACCUGUUCAGCGAGACCCCCGAACACAAGAUGUCCGCCGCCAAGCUGGAGGAGCGUGUGCGUGCCUGGAGCCACUCCCCGGGGGCCCAGCUGGCGGAAUGGUGCUCGCCCCGCAAGGACAGCUGGGCUGACAUGGUCUCCUCCGCCCUGCGCUUCCUGGCAGGAGACUACAUCGGCGUGCUGCCAGAAAACUUUGUGCCCUACUUGGACUACAAGGAGAAGCAGCAGCAGUGGCAGUGGAUCGGGGCGGGGCGUGACUCGGACUUACAGAGCCUGGCCCUGUGUCAGCACUGGCUGCAGGGCCGGGAGCAGGUGGCCCCAGAUGCUCUGGACGCCUCCCAGGGCUCGCCGCCGCCCCCCAAGUGUACCACCGACUGGACGGUGCGGCCCACCACAGACGAGGAACGAGGUGACUACCGCAGCCAGGAGUGCAUACGAUACCAGAACCCUCACCGGGCCUUCACCUUCCGGGUUCACGGCUACGAGGCGGUGGUGGGGCCCGUGAAAGGGGUGUAUGGCAAGGAGAGCGGGGUGAACAAGGCCCGGGAGCACUCACUCCUGGUCUCGGACCGGCCUCCGUUCGUGACGAUCCUGUCGCUGGUGCGGGACGCGGCGGCGCGGCUGCCCAAUGGGGAGGGCACGCGGGCGGACAUCUGCGAGCUGCUCAAGGACUCGCAGUACCUGGCCCCUGCCAGCGACCAGCAGAUCCACACGGUGGUGAGCGGGGCCCUGGACCGGCUGCACUACGAGAAGGACCCCUGCGUCAAGUACGACGUCAACCGCAAGCUCUGGAUCUACCUGCACCGCAGCCGCACCGAGGAGGAGUUUGAGAAGAUCCACCAGGCACAGGCGGCCGCCGCGCGGGCCAAGAAGGCCAUUCAGAAGAGCAAGGCCCCGCGCCUGGCGGCAGCCUCGGGGGCGCACGAGCCCCGGCCGCAGAGGCCCCGGCCCGAGGAGGGGGGGCCCCGCAGCCCGGCCAAGCGUGCCAGCCGGGAUGAGCCGGAGCCCGAACCUCCAGCCAGGGCCAAGGGUUUCCAGACCAUUGUCAUCAAGCAGGAACCCAAGUCCAAGCCCCUGGUAGCACGGCUUGUCCCAGGCUCACAGGUGGUGUGCAACCUGGUGGGGGGCCCCCGGCCAGCCUUGCGCCUGCAGCAGCAGCCGCAGCCGCAGCCAGCCGCCUCCUUCGGACCCAGGCUGCUGGCGGUACCCAAGGCACCUCCCGUCUCGGCCGCCCCCACCACCCUGGCACCGCCCGUUCUCCUCAGCGGCCCUCCACAGCCCACCGUGGUGCUCGCCAACCAGGUGAAGGGCAGCCCUGCGUACGUGAUGGCUCCUCCCGUUGUGGGGGUGGUGGGGGGCCAGCCGCUCAAGGGCAUCAAGGUGAUCCCCGUGCCCCCCCGAGGUGCCCGGCCCCUGCUGGCCCGCCUCAUUGGGCCCCCCCUGCGACCCCCCCUGGCCCCCCGGCCCCUGCUGCUACAGGUGCAGGCCGGAGAAGCGCCCCCCACAGAGGGGCCCCAGUGAGGUGCCACCUCGAGGGACAUCCCUGGAGGCUCUUCUGGCACCAAAAGACCACUUCCCCGGGGAUUGUGCACCAACUGCGCGUCGGUGGUACAUUGGCCGCACACCAGCCGCGCAUUGGUGUCAUGUCGGCUGUAUGUGCAGCACAUCGGCGGCAUGUCAACCAUGCGCCAGCAGCAUGUUGGCGACACGUCAAUGGUACAUCCGAUGCAUGUAGAUGGCACAUCGGUGGCACAUCGACUGCACAUCUGCGGUAUGUUGGCGACAUGUCGACAGUAUGUUUACUGCACAUCAGCGGCAUAUCGGUGGAAUGUUGGCACAUUGGCGGCAUGUCGGUGGCACAUUGAUUGCGCUUCACCGGCACGUCAAUUGUACAUCGGCGGCAUGUCGGUUGCAUGUCAGCUGGCAACCUGCAGGGGCAGCGUGGUUCUCCCGCGGCUGGGGGGGCACCUGAGGGACAUUUUAAUGCCUGGCCAUGCUCCAGACCACUUUGGUGGGUCACAGGACGUGAUGCGGUUGGUCCUUUGGCAUCUUCUUCAUGCUUCUGGCUCUUAAUGGGAAGGGUCAAAGAAUGAGUGUGUAUAAAAAUAAAUGUAUGUGAAUACCAA